AUGGCGGUGGCUGCUGAGCCAGAAGACUUUUGCAUUAACUUUACUGAGAUGAAAUUUAUUGAUGGUGCACUUUACUUUAAAGCUGAAGAUGAUGAAAACCUGGAAUCAGAUCACUUUGGCAGACUUGAUGCUAACAUAGCCAUCUUACGAAACAUGAGAGACCAAGUUCUUAUUACUAGUCAGGGAAAUCAACCGCUGUUUGAAGACAUGCCUGAUCUUGACUGUAAAGAAAAUGAAUCCCAGAUAAGACUUAUCAUAUAUAAGUAUAAAGAUAGCCUCCGGAGAGGUAUUGGAGUUUCCAUCUCUGUGAGGCAUAUGAAAACAUCUACUCUCUCCUGCAAAGACAAGAAACUUAUCUUUCAGGAAAGGGAUCCUCCUCAAGAUAUUGAUAGCGAAGAAAGUGACAUCAUAUUUUUUAUGAAAAGUGCUACAGGAUAUAAUGAUAAAAUGGAAUUUGAAUCUUCAUUAUACAGAGGAUACUUUCUAGCUUGUAAAAAAGAAAAUGACCUUUACAAACUCAUCUUGAAAGAAAAGAAGAAAGAUGGGAAUAUAAUGCCGGAUGGGACUAUAAUUUUCACUAUUGAAAUUUCUAGAGAAAACAUGUGA